UUCCAACUCUGUGAGAAGAAAGAGUCUUGUUGCUUCAUGUCAACUGCGAUGGCUUCUUCCUCUUCUCAAGUGAAGUAUGAUGUUUUCCUCAGUUUCAGAGGUGAGGACACUCGAGACAAUUUUACCAGCCACCUCAAAGACGCGUUGUGUGGGAGAAAGAUUGUUACUUUCAUCGAUGAUCAACUUGUAAGAGGAGAUGAGAUAUCACCAUCUCUUUUGAAUGCGAUUAGUGGAUCAAAGAUUUCAAUCAUCAUAUUCUCGAAAGGUUAUGCUUCUUCUACAUGGUGCCUCCAAGAACUUGUUGAGAUCCUCAAUUGCAAGAGAAUGUACGGUCGGAUUGUGAUUCCAGUGUUCUAUCAUGUAGAUCCAUCAGAUGUAAGGAAGCAAACAGGGACUUAUGGAGAUGCAUUUGGCCAGCAUGAAGUAAGAUAUAUGGAGAAAAAAGAGAUGUUGCAGAGAUGGAGGAAUGCUUUGACUGAAGCAGCCAAUAUAUCUGGCUUUGAUUCAAAUAAAAUCAGGCCUGAAUCGAAACUUGUUGACACAAUUACUGAAUGCAUUUUGAAGAGUUUGAAUGAUAAGUCUUAUAGCGAUAAUAAGAACUUGGUUGGAGUAGCAAUGAAGAUCCACGAAAUUAAAUCUUUAUUGUCUGAUCAGUCAAGUAAAGUAUGCAAGGUAGGACUUUGGGGUGUGGGUGGCAUAGGCAAGACGACUCUUGCUGAAGCAGUCUUCAAUGAAAUCUCAAGUCAAUUUGAAGCUCCGUAUUUUGCUCGAAAUGUUAGGGAAGAAGCAUCAAGUAUAACUCAACUCCGUCAUUUAAAAAAGGAAUUUCUACAUGCAAUAUUAGGAGAUAAACACCUUGAUAUAAAACACACAUUCACUAAAGAAAGGCUUGGAUGUAAAAGAGUUCUUAUUGUUUUUGAUGAUGUGACAGAUUCAAAACAAAUAGAAGAAUUCAUUGAAUGUCCUAAAGUCUUGGGUUUUGGAAGUCAAAUCAUUAUAACCACAAGGGAUAAACAAUUGCUAACAAUUUUUUACUUGAAGCUUUCAGAAAGAGUUAUACGUUAUACAAGAGGUUUGCCUUUAGCACUUAAAGUUUUGGGUAGCCAUCUACUUGGUAAAGAAGAACUUAUUUGGAAAAGUACACUGGAUGAUUUACAAAAAUCUCCAUGUGGGGGUAUCCAAAAGGUGCUUAAGAUCAGUUACGAUGGAUUAUCUGAUGAAGAGAAGACUUUAUUUUUAGAUAUUACAUGUUUCUUUAAAGGAUGGGAUAAAUAUCUAGUUGGUACCUUCAGUUCACAUUCUAGAAUAAGAGAUCUUGUUGAUAAGGCUCUUAUAUCUGUUUCAUUUACCACAAUAGGAAUGCAUGAUUUGAUUCAAGAGAUGGGUUGGGAAAUUGGAACUGAUGAAAUAAGAGGCAUGCUCUUUAAUAUGGUUGAAAUGACGGAGAUAGACCUAAAGUCUCAUGCUUUCUCAAAGAUGACUAAUUUAAGAGUCCUGGUUGUAAAGCACAUAUCUUCGAGAGACGACAAUAAGAUUCAUGGUUUUGACAGCAUUGAAUUUGAUUUCUCAGAGUUAGAAUGCCUCUGUUGGAAUUAUUACCCCUUCAAAUCAUUGCCUUCGAAAUUUGAUCCUGAAAACCUUGUUGUACUUAAGAUGCAAAACAAUAAUCUUAAACGACUAUGGACGGGCAGCAAGAAUCUUGCUCAUUUAAAAUACAUUGACCUAAGUUACUCAGAACAUCUACUUGAAGUCCCAAACCUUACAAAGGCUCCACAUCUAGAGCGGUUGAUUUUAGAAGACUGUACAAGUUUGGUUGAGAUCACUCCUCCAUCUCGAAAUCUCAAUAAACUUGUUGAGUUGAAUCUAAGAAAUUGCAAAAGCCUUAUCCGUCUUCCAAUUCGCAUUCAAUCAGAGUCUUUAAGAGAUGUUAUUCUCUCUGGCUGCUUUAAUCUCAUCACUGCUCCAAGGAUAUCAUGUAAAAUGGAAAGAUUGUGUUUGGAUGGAACUGCAAUUAGAAACUUAUCGUCUUCCAUAGAAAGUCCUUCCAUUCUAGUUGAACUGAAUCUUAAGGACUGCUUAAACCUUGAAAGUCUUCCAAGUAGCGUUUGUAAUUUGACAUCUCUUCGACGGCUUGAUCUCUCUAGUUUGUCAAAUCUAAAAAUGGUUCCAGAGUUCCCACCUAAGAUCCUAGAGUUGUAUUUAGAUGGAACUGCAAUAAAAGAAUUGUCUUCAUCGAUUGAGAAAGUAUCAUCUCUGAUAAGAUUAAGUCUUAGAAAUUGUUCAAGCCUUGAAAGUCUUCCAAACACCAUUUGUAAGUUGAAUUCUCUGAAAUAUAUUUGUAUCUCGGGUUGUUCAAAACUUGAAAGAUUGCCUGAUGACUUAGGAAAGUUAGAGAGCUUGGAAGGAAUCGAAGCUAGUGGAAUUACUGUUAAAGUGCUGCCUUCAGUUAUGGCUACUCUAUCAGCUUUGCGAUUUUUAAGGAGAUUAGAGUUGAAUUACUGCAGCAUUACAGAGUUACCCAAUAAUAUUGACAAUCUGUCCUUACUCGUAGAUCUAGAAUUGGAAGGAAACAAUUUUGAGAUCAUCCCAACAAACAUCAUGAACCUUUCGAAGUUACAAAGCCUUAACAUAAGGUUUUGUGAUAGGCUUCGAUCCUUACCAAAGCUUCCACGCAGCAUAAAAAAACUUCUGGCAGAUGGUUGCAAAUUGCUGAAAGAAUUAUCGGUUUUGACAAAUCUAAUAACUCCAGGACCUGAUAGAAGGACACUGAACUUGUUCAAUUGUGUCAGUCUGGAUUGGGACGCAAUCAGAAACAUUUUAAUUGGUUCUAUAUUGAAUACGUUCUCAAGUAAAAUUUACCGCUUCGCAUAUAUGGUAUCUCCCAAGCGAAAAUCUGAAUUUUGUUACCCUCAAUCAUUUGUGGUCAAUCUUGAAGCUGGAAUUUGUUAUCUUGGAGGUGACAUUCCGGAAUGGUUUAACAUUCAAAGUAGUGGAUCAGUUAUUCCCUUCCUACAAUUUGGAAUUUCUUACCCUGCUGGAAGUGACAUUCCAGAACGGUUAAACAUUCGAAGUAGUGGAUCAUUUCGUCUCAAGCGAGAAGUUGAAAUUUGUUACCCUGGAAGUGACAUUCCGGAAUGGUUUAACAUUCAAAGUAGCGGAUCAGUUAUUAAGUUACCACAAGGUUCAUUCAAUGAGAAGGUUCUGGGUCUUGCCUUUUGUUUCAUUGUUGAAGUCGAAGAUAAUUGUGAUGAGUGUAAUUUCUUUGGUGUUAGUAGUUCGUUGCGACAGACUGGCCCUUAUAGCGACGGUGGUGGCAGUGGUGAACAGACUUAUCUUUUGACCAAGUGUGUUAAGUCAGAUCAUGUAUUAGUGAUAUAUGACCGCAUUAUAUGGGAGAUAUUUCACAGAGAAGAUUUUAAAUUCGCUUGUGAUAAGGAAGCCAUUUUCUCUUUCUAUCCCUCAUCUAGUUUUAGAUUUACAGAGAAAAAUUGGAUAAAAAAUAUAAAGAAGUGUGGGGUUCGUUUAUUGUUCACUGAUGAGUUGGAGGAAACCAUGAAAAGACCAGAAUGUUCCAUCUAUGAUGACGAACGUGGAUUUAAAUCUUCAAAUUUCUAUAAAGGCAAAUCCAGCUCAAGACAAUUGGGGCCUUCAAUAGUCAGCCAACCUCUACCGGACUGCAUGACCGAAAAAGGUGAAUUGGAGCGUCUGCCGAGGGAAGUGCUCAAGCACAGGUAUACCGACAAUGGUGAGCUGGAGGUUUUUGUUGCCUGGAAAAAUUUAUCAGAAUUUGAGAAUUCAUGGGAGCAAUACACUGCCUUCAAACAAGCUUUCCCACAAUUCCACCUUGAGGACAAGGUGCCUCUCGAUGGGAAGGGAAAUGUUAGGUCUAGAAUCUAUGUAUCACGCAAGAGGAAGAGAGCCCAAAUGAAGGGUACACCUGGCAACUUGAAGUUAAAGAUGGUGGCAGAAUUAAAUUAG